UUUUCUGCCGCCCAUGCGCCGAGAAGCGCUGGUCGUCUGGCUGGUCGGCGCCGCCGCCGCCUUGGACGCGGACGAGUGGGCCGACUUCCCCGCCUACUGCGCCAAGCACGUUGAGAAGAACGCCAUCGCGCCGCUGCCGAGCGCCGACCAGUACGCGCUGAACCAAGUCCAGAUCGCAAUCCGCCACGGCGCACGGACGCUCGUCCAGCGGUCGACGUGCUGGAGCGGCUACAACGCCACGUGGAACUGCAAUGCGCGCAACCACAUUGAGCCGGCGCUCGGCGCGUCGACGCAUCGGAGCUUUGACGUACAGUACACGCCCGGCGAGACCGUGCUCCAGGGCACGUGCCAAGUCGGCCAGCUCCUCGACGAAGGCUACCGGCAAGAGACGACCAAUGGCCAGCACUUCUACGACGCGUACAUCGCCUCAAGCCGCCUCUUUCCCAAGGACACGCCGGUCGACCUCGCCGAUCCCACGAGCGUCUACCUGAGCAGUACCGAUAUGCAGCGGACCGUCAUGUCGGGGCAGCUCGUCGUCGACGCCAUGUUUCCAAUGCCAGCGACCACUGCAGCAUUGAUUCCGUGGCAUGUUGGCGACGUGAGUCAGUCGUCGUUCAUUCCCAAUCCCUUUGCGUGUCCCCGUCUUGGCGAUCUCAAGGACGCGUUCGAGGCAAGCGACGGGUACCGCCUCUGGCUCCACAUGCACGACGAGCUGGUCGCGACGAUGCAUGCGACGUUUCCCAACUACGAUCCCAAGGGGCUCUUUGACUGCAUGCUCACGGCGCGUUGCAGCCUCACGCGCAAUGACAUGCCGUUAGCCCUCACGCCGUCGCUCUACAAGGACAUCAUUCGCUUCGAGCGGGACAAGCGCAUGAAGAUCUACACAGAAGACGACGAGUACGCCAAGCUGAGCAUGAGCAAGCUCCUUCGCAGCAUCCGUGCCAAGAUGCAAGCGUCGUCGCCCAAGUUUGUUCUCUACUCGGGCCAUGACGACACGGUCAUGCCGAUUCUGGCAGCCAUCGGAGGCGCCGACUGGCUUCGCGAUUGGCCCCCGUACGCGGCAUUUGUCGCGUUCGAGGUCUACACCCAAGUAGCAACGGCCGCGCGCUUCGUGCGCAUUGUCUACCAAGGCAAGCCGCUCACGCUUCCUGGCUGCAACGCAGAUGCGCUCUGUCCACUGAGUCUUUUCCUCGAGUGGACGGCGUUCGCCGAGACGGCCGACUGCACGCGGUCGACCCCCCCAGCGCUCGAGACACCCGAGCCCGUGCCCGCAACGGAUGCCGGCGUCUCGAUCACAGACGAGUCUUCUACCCACGUGAGCGUCGACACGUUCCUCGUCGUCGUCGUCGUCGCCGUGCUCUUGGGCUUUGUCUUUGGCCUGCUCGUCGCCAAGGUCGCGCGCCAGACCGAGGCGAGCGAUCGAAAGACCGAGAAGCUGCUUUUGGACGCCGCUGCUGCGGACGACGACGAGACCGGCGGACUUCUUCCCGCAGCCACGUCCGAGCCGAGCAGCCCGACGGUCGCGAUGGCCAAGAAGAAAUGACGCCGGGUGGGCGACAACGACGUCCACCUCCGUCUCGUGUAACAGUGAACACGACGUGCAUCGACACAUGCGAUGCGCCCAUUGAAG